CAAAUAAACCAAAAAGCUACUUGCCAUCUUGUUCUAUGUAUAUCCAUUCAUCAAAAGCUCGUAAUCACCAAUUUGAAACCAUCUGAUAUCCUCUGGUGGGAUGAUGGCAAGCACAAAAAUCAUCAGUGUACAUAUUGUUAUUCCUCUCUUCUUCCUUUUUGCAUCAACUCAAUGUGAAGUUAAAAGCCUUAAUGUUAGCACUCUUUGCAUUAAGGAAGAGAGAAUGGCACUCCUUAACGUCAAAAAAGAUCUCAAUGAUCCUUACAAUUGCCUUUCUUCAUGGGUUGGGAAAGAUUGUUGUCGCUGGAUUGGUAUAGAAUGUGACUAUCAAACUGGUUACAUUCUUAAGCUUGAUCUUGGGUCCGCAAAUAUCUGCACAGAUGCGUUGUCUUUCAUAUCCGGUAUCAUUCCUUCUAUUCUUGGAAGAUGGAAGCUCUGCAAGCUUCAGGUUCUACAGCUAUCAAAUAAUUUUCUUACUGGUGAUAUAACUGAAAUGAUCGAGGUCGUGUCUUGGAGCAACCAAAGUUUGGAGAUGUUGGAUUUGAGUCAAAAUCAAUUAAAUGGGAAAUUGUCCCAUUCUUUAGAACAGUUUAAAAGUCUAUAUGAUCUUGAUCUGUCAAGCAAUUCAGUGAACUCACACACAGUCCAAUACCAACAUUUAUAGGAAACUUAUCAAAUCUAUAUUCUCUGAACUUGGAAGGCAACAUGAUGAAUGGGAUAAUUCCUGAAAGUAUUGGUCAACUAACCAAUUUGAAUUCUCUAAACCUACUUGACAAUUAUUGGGAAGGUACAAUGACAAAUACUCAUUUCAAUAAUCUCACAAACCUAAUUAGUUUAUCUAUUUCAUCUAAACUAAACUCAUUUGCUUUGAAAGUGACAAAUGAUUGGGUUCCACCUUUUAAGAAUUUGUUUCAUGUUGAUAUUCGUGGUUGUCAAGUUGGCCCAACUUGACAAAAUUUCCUAACUGGCUCAAGACCAAAUUUCCUUGAGCGAAAUAACUCUACAAAAUGCGGGAAUUUCUGGGGUGAUAACCAAUUGGCUUUACAAUAUGUCCUCCCAAAUUUUGAAACUAGAUCUUUCUCACAACAAUAUAAGUGGUCACUUUCCCAAAGAAAUGAACUUUACUUCCUCAAAUUCACCUACAAUUGACUUUUCUUUCAACCAAUUGAAAGGUUCAGUCCCACUUUGGUCUGGUGUGAGUGCUCUCUACCUAAGGAACAACUUGUUAUCUGGAACAAUACCAACCUAUAUUGGCAAAGAGAUGUCGCAUUUGAGGUACUUAGAUCUCUCAAACAACUACUUAAAUGGGAGAAUCCCAUUGUCCUUGAAUAGGAUUCAAAAUUUGAUUUAUCUUGAUCUGUCCAAGAAUUAUCUCACAGGGGAAAUCCCCGAAUUUUGGAUGGGUAUGCAUAUGUUGCAAAUCAUUGACUUAUCCAACAACAGUCUGUCAGGUGAAAUUCCAACUUCAAUAUGUUCACUGCGUUUACUAUUUAUCCUGGAAUUGAGCAAUAACGGUCUGUCUGGAUAGUUGUCUUCGUCCUUUCAAAAUUGUACAAGGUUGAAAACACUCUCACUAGUAAACAACAGGUUUUUAGGGUCUAUACCAAAUGAGAUAACCAAAAACCUUCUGUUACUGGCAGAGUUAUUGUUGCGAGGCAACGCAAUAACAGGAAGCAUUCCUGAAGAGCCAUGUCAUCUACCUUUCCUCCAUUUGUUGGAUCUUGCAGAAAAGUGCACGGUUUCAAACUGCCGCAAACAUACUUUAUUUAUUCGAUGUACUCACUCACCAUUUCGGGAUACGUACCAUACACCAGGCAUAUAGAGUUGGUCCUAAAAGGAAGAAUAACUGAAUACUUAAACCAAUCACCGGUGCAUUCUAUCAUUGAUCUCUCUAAGAAUAAUCUUUCUGGAGAGAUACCAGAGAAGAUAGCACAGUUGAUUCACCUAGGUGCCCUGAAUUUGUCUUGGAAUCAGCUAACUGGGAACAUACCCAACAACAUUGGAUCAUUAACAAAUUUAGAAAGUCUUGACCUUUCACACAACCAUAUUUCAGGUUCAAUCCCUCCAAGCAUGGCUUCCAUUACAUUUUUGAGCCUUUUGAACUUAUCAUACAACAACCUUUCUGGACAAAUUCCAGUGGCUAAUCAAUUUGGCACCUUCAAUGAGCUAUCAUAUGUAGGCAAUGCAGGACUUUGUGGCCAUCCUUUGCCGACUAAUUGCUCAUCAAUGUUACCUGGAAAUGGAGAACAAGACAGAAAACAUAAAGAUGGUGUUGAUGGAGAUGAUGACAAUGAAAGAUUGGGAUUGUAUGCAAGCAUAGCUAUCGGGUAUAUAACUGGUUUCUGGAUUGUGUGUGGAAGCUUGGUGUUAAAGAGGUCUUGGAGACAUGCAUAUUUCAAUUUUUUGUAUGACAUGAGAGAUAAACUUCUUUAUCUGAUGCCAUAGUAUAUUUAUAUUUUGCAUGUGUGAA